GUGGUGAGCGGCGGCUGCCAUGGCCCUGCCGAAACACGCCGGCACAACGGGGACAGGAGCCCCCCCGGGCACCUGUGCGGGAUCUCUCAGGGAUUCUCUGGCUUGAAGCAGCCCCCAGUGCUCAUGGGGGGGGUUCCAGUGCUCCCGCUGAACCUCCAGCAUGAAUUUCUGUAGUUCCCAUGGCUAAAAGCUGCUGGUGAGUUCAGGCCGGUGUUUUCCUGCCUCGUCAGUGACUUCCUGCUGUGCUACGGCUUCAGCACGGGGACGGCCCGGGGGGGCCCUGACAGCGCUUGGAAAAUUACAUUGUUUUCAGACGCUGCCACUACCCACAACCAGCAGGACCUGUGUCGAGAGGAGGAGGGGAUCUCUGCAGAGUGAGGCUGGGCAGGGAAGCGCAGGAUGGACCCCGACGUGCUGAACAUGUUUGUGAUUGCCGGCGGCACCCUGGCCAUCCCCAUCCUGGCCUUCGUCGCCUCCUUCCUCCUCUGGCCCUCGGCGCUCAUCCGCAUCUACUACUGGUACUGGCGCCGAGCCCUGGGUAUGCAGGUUAGAUACGCAUACUACGAUGACUAUCAGUUUUGUUAUUCCUAUAGAGGGAGGCCUGGGUACCGACCGUCCAUCCUGAUGUUACAUGGCUUCUCAGCCCACAAAGACAUGUGGUUGUCCAUAGUCAAGUUCCUGCCAAAGAACCUGCACUUGGUGUGUGUGGACAUGCCCGGGCACGAGGGCACAACCCGCUCAGACCUGGACGAUUACUCCAUCAGCGGGCAGGCUCAGAGAAUCCACCAGUUCGUGGAGUGCAUCAGGCUGAACAGAAGGCCCUUUCAUCUGGUUGGCACUUCCAUGGGGGGAAACGUUGCCGGCGUUUAUGCUGCUCAGUACCCAGAAGACAUUUGCAGCCUGACCCUCAUCUGUCCUGCAGGCCUGCCGAGUACCACCGACAGCAAGUUCAUCAAACAGCUCCGGGAGCUGCAGGAGUCUGAAAGCAUCGACAGGAUCCCUUUAAUUCCCUCCACUCCUGAGGAGAUGUCGGAUAUGCUGAAGCUUUGCUCCUACGUUCGCUUCAAGGUGCCGCAGCAGAUCCUCCAGGGCCUCGUCGACGUUCGCAUCCCACACAACGAUUUUUAUCGGAAACUGUUUUUAGAAAUCGUGAAUGAGAAGUCCAGGCACUCCCUCCACGAGAACAUGGGCAAGAUCAAAGUGCCAACGCAGGUCAUCUGGGGCAAGCAGGACCAGGUCCUGGAUGUUUCUGGUGCCAACCUUUUAGCAAGCGCCAUCCCGGACUGCCACGUGUACAUCCUGGAGAACUGCGGGCACUCGGUGGUGGUGGAGCGGCCCCGCAAGACGGCCAACCUCAUCCUGGAGUUCCUGGCGCUGCUGCACAGCCCCUACUACAUGAAGAAGCAGGCGUGAGCGCGGCGAGGAGCCGAGCGCCCGCGCCGGCUCUGUUGAACUGUAAAGCCCUGCAGCUUCGAGAAGUUCUCAGGGAUCUCAUUUGCGAAUCGAGGUGAAUGUGCCAAAGUCCCUGAGGAAGGCAGAAUCACUGAUACCUAAACCUAUAGCACCGCCGGCACAGCAACCUAGGGGUCAUUGAGCAACCUCCAUAGAUACCGGAACGGAAACAGAAUUUCUUCCUUUUCUAGAGAUAAAGUAGAAACGAGCUGAAAUCACCAAGCGUUAGCCAUGCCGUAUGCUGAAGCUCCUUACGCAGCCACCCGUCUUACCCGAGUUACCGGCACAUAGUUGUUAAUGGCAUUUAUCUAAACUAUAUAAGAAGCAUAGGAAGGAAGAAGCGUCCUGAACUGAGACUUAACAAUAUUUCUACUACUUAGAGUCCAUCGCAUUGCAUGCUGCUGUGCUGUCAGAGAACCCCUGUGCUCCAGGCUCGAGUGCUCUUUGUGUAGCUCCUUAACUCGUGAUUUAUGCAGAAAACAAUCAGAAACUUGAUGCGUGGAAGUCCAAUGACUGUAUGUGUGAAAAUGUUUACACUUUGAGUGGGUUUUUUUCAAACGCCCGAACAGCUCCUGUGUAUAUGUGAUGCCUUAACAUUGCCCAGGGGACGGCGUCCGGCACAGCCCGCCCUGUCCAGGGGUGGAAUAGCGAGUGAAAACUCGGGGUGCAGACAGAAGCUUCACCGCCGGUGCGUGAACUGGAUGGAUGGAAACUACCCAGGUGAUCUGGUGCCCGAGCCAGCAAUAAACCCAUGGACAGGGUGCGAGGCAGCAAAUUCGGGCAAAUUUAUCUCAACUCCUCUAUCACGUCGCGCUGCUGAACACGUUGAUGUAAAUACGAUUUUUCUUAAUGAAUUCCGUGAAUUCUGCGAAUGCCGAUGUCACCGAAAGCAGGCGCGAGGGUGGGAGCGGGUGUGUAUGGGGGUUAGGGGUGCCCCGGUGGGGACGGCUCGCCUGCGGCGCCGUGGAGCGGCACGGUGUGCUUGUGCGUCCUCUCCACGAGUGUAACUCCCGAGUGAGUGGAAUUAGAGGUAGAGAGGGGCAAUGCGGACAAGCUGCGCUCUGCAGGCUGCAGGGCAAUGUAGGGGAUGCAUCCUGCACCCCCUCAGUGCGGUCCCUUGCUGCGGGUCCUGGGGGGACGGGGCUGGUCCUGGUUUUGUGUGGGACCCUUGGAUGUGGGAGGGCAGGGUGGUGCGUGGGCUUGGGAGGGCGAAGCAAGGUGACCGUCACCCCUUGGUCACCCCUGCACUCCUUGGGGGGUGACAGUGGGUGCUAAGAGCCCCCCACAGAUAGGGCACCCACCGUUGGGGUGCUGACAGCCAUCGUCUCGCCGUCCUCCCGAGGUACCCCCACCUGUACAUAGAUCUGAAACUCCCCGUCAGCUUCUCUGCUCUUUUUCAGAGAAGAAACGCUGUUCUUUUAGAAAAUUAGGAAUUUGCUGUUAAUUGCUUGGUUGUUGUUUCUACUACAGGAGUUGAUUUAAAAAAUAAAAUAAAAGAAGGUGAUAGUUUUAUGUGGUAAAAGCCAGAAAAAGUUGUUGGGUAUCUAUAUGGUUUCUCAUGUGCCACAGAUUGCUGUAUGCAAAAGAUUUAUAUGGCUAUUAAAAUCUAGUGAUUUAAGGA